AUGGCCUUCCAGAUGGCCUCGGCCCACCGGCCCGCCUCGUCCAGCGGCUCCUCGGGCUCGUCGAGCUCCCUGACGCCCACAAACAACCACGCCGGCGGCGGCAACGAUGCGGCGGCGGCGGCGACAUCCUCGUCCUCGGCCUCGUCGUCCCUCUUCACCUCCGAAGAGUCGAGGUUCAUCACCGACAGCCUCUCGUCGGCAGAGUCGUUUGACCCCUUCACCAUCGGAGCGCCCGGCUUCAAGGUGCCCAACCUGCUGCCGCCCAACCUCGUCACCGACCAGGCCGACCACCACCAGCUCUUCAAGCACGAGGACCGCCCCUUUGGCCACCCCCAUUCCCAGAUCGGCUCGCGCGGCUACUCGGCUUCGACCGCCGCCAUGAUGCUCCCGAUGACCGUCGACGCCGGCCUUGGCCACGCCUUUGCCGGAUCCUCCAGCACUGCAUCCGCCAACAACUACCGCUCCGGUGGAUGGCCGUCGUAUGGCUCAGGGUCGGGCGCGAUAGCUGGCCCUGGGCACGGCGCGCCAUCCUCGUCCUACAACCCGCUGCGCCACGCUUCCUUUUCCGGCUCCGGCUCCGGCUCCGGCAGCGGCUCCGGCAGCGGCUCCGGCAGCGGCUCCGGCAGCGGCUCCGGCAGCGGCUCCGGCAGCGGCACCGGCAGCGGCAGCUACGGCAAGGACAAGGCGUGGCAGCUCGAGCAGCUCUCGUACCUCGAAGCCGCCGCCAGUGCAGCGAGCCGCCAGAAGAUGGGCCUGCUCGAGCCAAGCCAGGAGCCCAGCAGCUACUCGCGGUCCCUGUCGCUCGCCGGCAGCAUGGAAGAGUACCUGCAGGCUCGCGCGGCGGCCGCUGCCGCUGCAGAGGGAGCCGGGCACGGCGGCGCCGGCGACGUGUCGAGCAACAACAUCGGCGGCCACCCCUCGACGGACCUCGCCAUGCUGGGACGCCACUUCCCGAGCUCGCACAGCUUCCCCGCCAGCGAGCACCAACAGCAGCAGCAGCAGCAGCAACAACAGCAGCAGCACCAACAGCACUACCAGAGGCAGAUUGAGCAGCACCGUCUCGAGCAGCAACGGCAGCGCCAUGCGCGGCACGGGUCCGGAGCAGAGCAGAUGACGGACCUGGCCAACCUCUCAGGCACCGCCGCAGCCAUGCUGCAUAGCGGAGCUGGGCUGGACCAGCUGGCGACCGCGGCCGCAGCCCGAGCGUCCGGCCGCCCCUGGACGGCGAGCACGUCGACCAAGCGCUCAUCCAACUCGCGCUCGCCCUCGUCGUCGUCGGCGCAGAAGCCGACGGACCGGAGCGUGGCCGUGUCCAAGGCGCUGGCCGAGCUGUCGUCGCUCGACCUCGACCUCGGCCUGGCCACGCAGCGGCUGCCCGCCACCUUGACGGCCUACUUUGCCGCGCGCGCCGACGAGAAGCGACGCCAGCCGCACCUCGAGCUGCUGCGGCGGCAGCACCAGGAGGCGGGCCUGGUCGACGAGGCGGGCAAGGAGAUUGGCAAGGAGGAGCGCCUGCGCGCCGAGCAGCAGGAAAAGGAAAAGGAGGCCAAAAAGUCGGGCGGCGCCGGCCACGUGCUCCUGACCGAGGCCGAGAAGAAGGCCAACCACAUCGCCUCGGAGCAGAAGCGGCGCGCCAACAUCCGCAAGGGCUACGAGCUGCUGUGCGACAUUGUGCCGCCGCUCAAGGAGGCGCUCGAGAGGGAGGCGAGAAAGGGCAAGGACGGCGAUGGCGGCGGCGGCGAUGGCGACGAGGGAGACGACGACGACGAUGACGACGACGACGACGAUGGCGGCGAGGGUGAGGGCGACGAGGAUGCCGAAGGCGGCGGCGCUGGAGGCGGAGGGAGAAAGAAGAAAUCGGCGGGCGCCAGCAAGAAGAAGAAGAAAAAAAAGGCCGGCGGCGGUGGCGGCGGCGGUGGAGCAGGAGGAGCAGGGACGAAGAAGAAGGACGCGGAGGCCGGGGGUGGGUGCGAGAUUGACGGCGAAAAGAUCGACGGCAGGGCGGGCCCGCGGAGCGAAGCCGUCGUCUUGAUGAAGUCGCUGGAGCACAUUUCGACGCUCCUCGAAAGGCACCGCGCGCUGCUGGGACGACGCAACCGCGCCCGCCUCGCCCUCGCCAAGGCGCACGGCGUCGACAUCUCCAAGCCGCCAUCAUCGGCCGCCGCCGCCGGACCGGCGCACCAAGAUGGCGACGUGCGCAUGGCCGACGUGCACGACCUCGAGGAGCGGCUGCGGCAGAAGAUCCGAGAUGCCAUCGCCGGCCCGCCUCAGCAGGCGGGGACGGCGUAUCCCAUGAUGCAGGACUGA